CUCCGCGACUCCGAACGCACGUCCGGAGUCAGGAUGUAAUAUUUGUUCCGACGACAUGGGGCUCAGCGAAUUUAGAGCAUUCGUCUUCUUCAUUCGAUUCAUACCUUUAGCUGAAAGCGGAGAGCCAUGCCUUCUCUCUGUUUGCUAGUUUGACGAAGAGAAAGAAGAACUCGGUCCCUGUUUUGAUAUUCGCCACUCUACUACUUAUUCUUUGAUUUCUGACCUAAACAUUCGGCCAUGGUUUGGGGAUUGAUUCCAGCGGAAGCUCUUCGAGGUGCGCAGAAGUAUUACAUUUUGGCUCCCGGAACUUACAAAGUCGGUCGAAAAGAUUGCGACAUUGUUGUUCAAAUGGACCCGGCAGUAUCUCGACUUCAUGCUGAGAUUAUUGUUGAUAAGCUGAUUUCUCCAGACAGUUUUAGUGCUGGACCUACAAAUUCAAAUUCCCACGUUCGGAUCAGAGAUUGUUCGAAGUAUGGUACAUUUGUAAACAAGGAAGUAGGAUCCAAGGCUGGCCGUUUGCGCCAAGGUGAGGAGGCAACCCUCAAGGAGGGUGAGACUGCAACUUUUGGAACUGGUAAUGCAUCAUUCAGGUUUUGUUUUAUUCCCUUAACAGUCUUCAUUCACAACCCAAAACGAGGCCAACUUAAAUCAAUUCAAGCCAUUGCAUCAUCUAUUGGUGCAACAAUUACGCCUAAUUGGAGAGCUGAGUGCACCCAUGUUCUUGUCAACGAGUCUUCUUCAGUGUCAAUAGAACUCAUCGAUUCGAUUCUUGCCAAGCAAUUUGUCGUCCUCGUUCAUUGGUUCGAGGUGGUUGCCGAGAAAAAUAUUUGCACGGAGCUGCCAAGCUGUUCUGCCUAUGUACCAACCUUGAAGCUUGAGGAUAAUAUUGUAAGGAUUGUGGAUCCCAAGGUUCAGGAAAAUUGUCUUGAAGGCUAUGAAUUUGUACUUACAUCACCUCAUAAGUAUAAGUUCGGCGAUAAGUUGCUGCAGCUACUUAAAAUGAUUGGAGCAAGAUUUGUUGGUGCCAACGAGUUUUUGUUAGAUAGCCAAACUUCAGCAGCUAAGGAGAAUAAUCAGGCGGUUCUUGUAAUUCCUGGAGAAUCAGCAAAUGAAGUUAGCUACUCUCGAGAGUUCUCUUCUCUAUCUAGAAUCACCGAUGUAAAACUACUGGCCGCUAUCUUAUCUGGGAACUUGGAUUCUUCUUUCAUCGAGCUUCCUUCUAUUGUUAUUUCUUCUUCCCAUUCGACGGACGAGACUAUUGUAGCAGAUUCUGAUGUUGAAGCGGAUACUGCUGCUACCAAUAUCAAAUCUGAAACCUUCAAGGAGAACCAUACUGUCAAAGAGACUUCUUCAGAAAAAUAUGAAGAUGAAGAACAGGUCAAAGACGGCGAUAUAGAGGAGAAAGCUAAUUCCACGCCCAUUGAAGGGGGUGCUAUCCUUAUAAGAAAAAUCAACAAAAAUGAUGUUUCUGAUAUAGAUAGACAUGAAAAUUCAGAUAUUUUAUAUAGUCCGGACCUUAUAGUAAGAAAUGCAGUCACACCAGUCGAAUCGGUUUCAAGCGAAGCUAGUUCUGUAAACUUCAAGCGCUUUAGACAGAAGGAGAUUAACUCAGGCAACAGCUUUAGAGCCCUCAUUCCAUUUUCAAAAGAUCCAUACAAGGAAGGCGACUAUGGAAGAGAGGAAUCAGAUUACAUGAGAGAAGAAAGGAAGCGUAAGAAGAUGGAAGCCAUUGCAGAGGAGAUGUUCAAUAGUGAAAAGCUGAAGAAGCGUGCAGCUGCCGGUACUUCCCUGGAGGCAUUCCUUGCUCGCUGUUGAGUGAAUUUGGUCAUUUACAUGCAUGCAACACAAUUCUUAUCUAUUUACAUAAAUGUAAAUUUUAAUUUUGAUAUUUACAACAAUUGAAAUCUUUCAUAUUAUUAACUUUUGAAGAGUGACACAGUCCUUUCUAAGCAUGGAUAAAGUGGUAUGGAUGUAAAAAUCAAUGUUUAUAUGUUAGAUAUAUAAAUACAUAGGAAUUGUAUGGUUUGUAUGUAAAUCUUUUAAAUAACACUGCCAUUUUUGGUUUUCUUUCAGCAUCAUCCCAGACUUUGAUUAGGUGCACACAGUGCAUAUUUUGUAUUUGGAAGAAUACCUUAUUUGUUCUUAGUGUGGGGAGAUUUUA